AUGGAUGGUGGAGGUUGUCUUGUGCUGAUAGUUGGUUGCAUGGCUGGCCCUGAGCAGCUUUCCCUCAAGGGACACAAGCAACAGAGGAUGGAAGCCUUUGGUCAGAGUAAGUUCUCCCGCUUCUCAGCUGAGGAAUCAGAAGGAGUACCAUCAGAAUCAACUAAUGAAGAGGGAUACUGUGAUUAUAACAGUCGGCCAAAUGAGAACUCUUACUGUUAUCAACUUCUUCAAGAACUAAAUAAUCAGAGGAAGAAAGGCAUUCUUUGUGAUGUCGACAUUGUGGUGAGCGGACGAGUUUUCAGAGCUCACAAGAACAUCCUGGUUGCAGGCAGCCGUUAUUUCAAGAGUCUCUAUUGCUUUACAAACAAAGAAAAUCUUCCAAACAAAGAAAACCAUAACCAAACCACUGUUACCCAUUUAGAUGUUGCUGCAGUUCAAGGUUUUUCAGUCAUCUUGGACUUCUUGUAUUCUGGUAGUCUGUCGCUUAAUAGCCAAAAUGCCAUUGAAGUAAUGUCAGUGGCCAGCUACCUUCAGAUGACUGAAGUUGUUCAAACUUGCCGCAAUUUUAUUAAAGAUGCCUUAAAUAUAAGCAUAAAGUCAGAAGCUCCAGAGUCUGUAGUUGUGGACUAUAACCGGAGAUCUAUUAGUAGAGAUGGUUUGCCUUCAUCAAGGGAUCAGAAGGUUGCCAGAUUUUGGGCAACUCGAAAUCUUACAAAUUUGGCAAGUAGUAUAAAAAGUGAAAAUGAUGGUUGCAGUAUUGAUGAGGGCCAAAUAGAAAACUACCAAAUGAAUGACUGUAGUUGGGUCCAGGAUAGUUCACCUGAAACUGCUGAAAGCGAAUCCCAAGGUCAUUCAAAAGUGUUUGUUUGGAAUGAUAUGGGUUCACAGGGAAUGCAAGAAACUGGCAAAGCAAGAAGAAAAAACCAAACUACAAAAAGAUUUAUUUAUAAUAUACCACCUAAUAAUGAAGAGAACUUAGAAGAUUGCUCAGUGAUGCAGACAUCUGCUUCUUACCAAGAAGAGGAUUUGCAAUUUAUUAAGGAAGAGCCAGAUUUGGAUGGUGCUCUGCUUUCAGGGCCGGACUGCGAUCGGAACAUGAAUUCAGGUUUGCUGGCUGAAGCUAAUUCAAGUCAAGAUGGAGGUGAUGCUGGUCCUUCAAAUGACUUCAAGUAUGGACUGUUGCCGGGUACUUCAAAUGACUUCAAGUAUGGAUUGUUGCCGGGUACUUCAAAUGACUUCAAGUAUGGAUUGUUGCCGGGUACUUCAAAUGAUUUCAAAUAUGGAUUGUUGCCGGAAUCUUGGCCCAAACAAGAAACCUGGGAAAAUGGUGAAUCAUCUAUAAUCAUGAACAAGUUAAAAUGCCCUCAUUGCAACUAUGUAGCCAAAUACAGACGAACACUAAAAAGACACUUGCUCAUUCAUACGGGAGUGAGAUCAUUUAGCUGUGAUAUCUGUGGGAAAUUGUUUACUCGAAGAGAACAUGUAAAAAGACAUUCCCUGGUGCAUAAAAAGGAUAAAAAAUAUAAAUGUAUGGUGUGUAAGAAGAUAUUCAUGUUAGCAGCCAGCGUUGGAAUAAGACAUGGAUCUCGACGUUAUGGAGUAUGUGUAGAAUGUACAGAUAAAUCACAACCAGGAGGUCAAGAAGGCGUAGACCAGGUGCAGGACACAGAUUUCACUAGAGACGAAGAGUAUGAGGAGAAUGAAGCAGGCGAAGCUGAUGAAGAAUUGGUUGAUGAUGGAGAAGAACCGACUGAUCCAUCCCGAUGGGACGAAUCUGGGGAUGUUUGUAUGUCACUAGAUGAUUAACUGACCUAGCAUACUCCUCAAGGAUGCUGCAGUUGGACAUAAUAUGAAAUGACAAUUUGAAUUUCUUGAACUGAAGGCUUGCAAAAUAUGGUACAUGCUGGAUGGUAGUUAUGUUGCUGUGAAAACUGUAGGGUCAAAGCCUUAUAGCAAAAAAUAUUACUAAAUUUUUAUAUUUGCACAGGACUGUACAGCAAACAACCUUUUGGUUGAA